UGGCAGGGAUGAACCACCUCCGCGAGAACGGCGUUGUCCACAGAGACAUCAAACCCGGGAACAUCAUGCGGCUGAUGGGGGAAGAUGGGCAGAGCAUCUAUAAACUGACGGAUUUUGGGGCCGCCCGGGAGCUGGAUGACGAUGAAAAGUUUGUGUCUGUCUACGGGACAGAGGAAUAUCUCCACCCGGACAUGUACGAGCGAGCGGUCCUGCGCAAGCCGCAGCAGAAGGCGUACGGCGUCACCGUCGACCUCUGGAGCAUCGGCGUCACCUUCUACCACGCUGCCACCGGCAGCCUGCCCUUCAUCCCCUUCGGGGGACCUCGCAGGAACAAGGAGAUCAUGUAUAAAAUUACCACCGAGAAGCCUCCCGGAGCCAUUGCGGGGGUCCAGAGGCAGGAGAACGGGAGCAUCGAGUGGAGCUACGAGCUGCCCGUCACCUGCCGGCUCUCCGCGGGGUUGAAGGACCAGCUGAUACCCAUUUUGGCUAACAUCCUGGAGGCAGAUCAGGAGAAAUGCUGGGGAUUCGACCAGUUUUUUGCGGAAACCAAUGACAUUUUGCACAGGAUCGUGGUUGACGUCUUCUCCCUGCAGCAGGCUUCCUCGCAUCGUAUCUACAUCCACCCCUACAACACUACCACCAAGUUUUUAGAUGCUGUCUUCAAACAAACAAACAUAGUCCCUCACCAUCAAGAAUAUUUUUUUGAAGGUCAUCUGUAUGAGUUGGAUCCUAAUCUGCAAGCUCAUAAUUUCUGCAAAACCACACAGCACAACCCUCUGACCUUGCUGAGCUCUGCUGAGCCAGCAGAAGACGUGGUAGGAGUGAGAUACAGAGACCCGGCACUUGAAUUCCCAAAGUUCGUCCCCAAGGUGGACGUGGUGGCCGACUGCAGCGCA